AUGCCCAAGUCGAAACGCUCCAAAACCUUCAACCUGACGCAGGUCAGCAAGAAGGGCCGCGGCCAAAAGGACCUGCUCUUCCAGAACAUCCGCGCCGCCGUCCCCGAGUACCAACACUGCAUCGUGUUUAACGUCGACAACAUGCGCAACAACAACCUCAAGGCCACCAAGCUCAUGGCCAAGGCCCUCGGCCAGACGCCCGAGACGGCCGUCGCGCCGGGCAUCGACCCCCUCGCGCGGCUCCUCGCCGGUAGCGUCGGCCUCGUCUUCACCAACCGCGACGCCGCCUCCGUGCUCGCCUACCUCGGCGACGUCGCGCCCGUCGACUUUGCGCGCGCCGGCGCCAUCGCCCCGCGCGCCUUCUCCAUCCCCCCGGGCGUCGUCUACGCCACCGCCGGUGAGGUCCCCGCGGAGGACGACGUGCUCGUGCCGCACACCCUCGAGCCGGAGCUGCGCCGCCUCGGCGUGCCCGUGCGCAUGGUCAAGGGCCGCGUCGUGCUCGGCAGCGACGAGGAGGGCGAGCAGGCCGGCGAGCCGUAUGUGGUUUGCAAGAAGGGGGAUGUCCUGGACUCGAGGCAGACGAGGCUGCUCAAAAUGUUCGACGUCUGCCUGAGCAAGUUCCAGAUCAAGGUCCUGGGGUACUGGAGUGCGGCCACUGGCGAAGUCACCGAGGUGGAGGAGCCUGCUGAGGAAUCUGCCAUGGAAGAGGACUAA